UUUGCUUUCCUUCUGCGCAGAUCAUGUUUUGCACUUUGAACACUCAUAAAGCUGAUAUGGACAAGCUCUUAGGUGCACAAAUUGGCCUUGAAGAUUUCAUAUUUGCCCACGUAAAAGGACAACGAAAAGAAGUGGAAAUUCUUAAAACUGAUGAUGUACUUGGACUUACCAUUACAGACAAUGGAACUGGCUGUGCAUUUAUAAAGAGAAUCAAAGAAGGUAGCCUUAUGGACCAAAACAAAACGGUCUGUGUGGGUGAUCACAUAGAGACUAUAAAUGGAAAAAAUGUAUCAGAUCGUCGACAUUAUGAAGUUGCCAAAAUGCUAAAAGAUUUGGAGAAAGGUCAGAUAUUUAAGCUGGAGUUGAUAGAGCCUAUGAAAGCAUUUGAAAAGCUGGAACCAAGAUCCAAAGGUGGAACUCUGCCAGAGGCUAAAAUCUCCAGAGGGAGAGAAACACUUCGGCUGAGGACCAAAGGCCCUGCUACUGUGGAGGAAAUGCCAACUGAAGUUGAAGAAAAAGCCAUUAAAAAAGUGGAUGAGCUUCUUGAAACGUAUAUGGGGAUAAGGGAUAUUGAAUUAGCUGCAACAAUGGUGGAAGCUGGAAAAGACAAGAAAAACCCAGAUGAAUUUGCAGUGGCAUUGGAUGAAACUCUUGGAGACUUUGCAUUUCCAGAUGAGUUUGUCUUUGAUGUAUGGGGAGCAAUAGGUGAUGCUAAGCAAGGACGGCUGGAAUGAGAACUAUGCAGUUUAUCAAUCCCUAUUUGAAAAUACAGAAUGGCUUUCAGAUACGUACAUCAGAAUUUGAAUACUUUUAUUGAUCUGCAU